AUGGUCGAUAAUGAAAAACGGGAUAACUUAGUAAAUGCUCGUCGAAAAUUAAAAAAAUUUCGUGAUCAACAGCAACAGCAACAGCAGAAUGGUGAUGAUCAUUUGACCUUUAUCUCAGAAACUAAUGGUCAUAAUAUUCAUUCCUUGAAUGGAAUUCCAAAUGAAUCCAAUGUUCUUUACAAUAAUAAUGCGUCUCACAAUAUUUCACAGGAUGUGUCCGCUUUUGUCAAUGAUCAACAAGCAAUCCUAAAUGGUAUACAUGCAAAUCUGUCUAAAUCACCUGUCAAUGACUUAGAGGAACAAAACCGUCAAUAUGCUCUAUUGAUUGAAAAUCAAAAACAACAACGUGCUCGACUCGAAGAUCAACGACAGUAUGGUGCUGGAAGUAGUAUGUCGGGUCGUUCGAGUCGAGCUCAAUCUGAUGUUGAUCUAGUGCGACAUGUUGAACAGAAAUAUCGUCGUGAUUUAGAGCAUUUACAAGAGCAAUUGGAAAUUCAUGUUCAAACAAUUGGCAUUCUCGUUGCAGAAAAAACCGAUCUGUCCGCGAAAUUAACUCAAUCAGUUAAACAAUUUGAAAAGAAACAGAGCGAAGUUGAUGAAAUUCAAGGACGAUUGAAAGCAUCGCGUGAACGUAUUGAAGAACUAGAAAAACAUACCCAAAAUUCGUCAUCAAAUGCGCAGAGACGAGAAAUGGCAGCAAAAGAAUCUGACAAGGAAAUCGAGCGGUUGAGAACAGAAAAUUACCAUCAAAAUCGAACAAUUGAAGAUUUAAAACAGAAUCUUAACGAAUCUAACGAGAAACUUAAUCAACAACAGAGUACAGUUGAUCAAUUAAAUAGUGAAAUAACACGAUUGAGACAAAAAUUAGAACAAUCAGAAAUACGUGUACAACAAUAUCAGUCUAUCAAUGAUACUUCAGUGGUAAACAGAUAUGAACAACAAAUAGAUGAACUGCAAAAAGCGAUUGCAUUAAAAACAAAUGAUACAGAAGCACUUCUUGCAUCCGUCAAUCAUAUGCGCUUGGACAAUGAACAAACACAAUUACAGUAUCAACAAUAUAAUGCAAAUAUGCAACGUCAUGUCCAAGAGUUAAAUGAACAAAUAAAUCAGCUGAAACAAACCAAUAAUCUGUUAGAAAAUGAACGAGAAGCAAUGAAAAGAUCUUACGAAAUGAAACUUACUGAAAUACAAGACACUCAAACAGUGCAUAAUCAUACAAACAAUAGUAAUUUAGAACUUGAACGUGAUGCUCUUCUUCAGGAAAAUCAGUUGUUUAAAAAUGCCAUUGAUGAAUGGUCAAGACGUUUUGAAGAAAUUCGUUUGGAAAAUGAACAAAUGAAUAAACUUUCAAGUGAAAAAGAUGCAUAUAUUACUGAAUUAGAAAACAGGCAUGGAACAGUUCAAGAUAAUACGAUCGAUCACGAGACGUUAUUGCAAACAAUUCAAACAGAUAAAACGACAUUAUCACGUGCCAUGGCACAAAAUAAACAACUAAAAGAUCAAUUAACCGAACUUCAAGAUGGUUUCAUCAAAAUGUCCAAUGAUAAUAUGAAUUUAACGAAUCAAAUUCAGGCACAAGAAUAUCUUAAUAGACAACUGAAUGAACGUCUCGCACAGCAAGAGCUUGUUACGCAACAAAUUCCAACUAUUGAAACAGAAAAGCAGGAACAACAAGUACAAUCGAUUGACAAGAGUGGACAAGAUGAUAACAUACAACGUUUAAACGAGUUAACUGAGGAAAAUAGAUUAUUACGAGAACGUCUUUCACAAUUGGAACAGCAGCAGCAGCAGCAAACGCAAGGCAACACGGAUGCACAUUUGAAUGAUUCGAGUUCAUUAUCAUCAUUCAGUGCACCUGUCGAUGAAGCACCACAACUACAGAAUGGUUUUGUGGAGAAAAUUAUUGAUCGUUUUAAUCGUGCAAUGCGUGAUAAUGCUGACCUACAAGAUCGAACUCAGCAACUCGAACAUCUUAUUCUACAAUUACAAAGUGAAACGGACACAAUUGGUGAUUAUAUAUCGUUAUAUCAACAACAACGUCUUCAACUUCAUCGUCGUUAUCAAGAAAAAGAUGAUUAUAUUAAACAAUUAAGUCAAGAUCGACUGAAUUUACAAAGAAAACUAUCUGAAUUGGAAACAUUACUCAUGCGUGGAUUGAGUAAAUCCUCACUCGAUGCGAACAAUCCAACACAAACCAUCUCGAAUGAAAAUAAAUUUUCUGAUCAACAACAAAUUGUCGAUGAAAAUGAAUGGCCAGAAAUGAUUGAUAAUGUAGCAGCUACAGCAACAAGUGAACAAACCUCCGUACCGUCCGAUGAAACACGAACAGUUAUGAGCACCUCUUCGUUACCAUCAUUAUCGAAUUUUGAUGACGAAACUAAAGCGCGUAUUCUAGUUUUACUGAAAGAGUUAGGUCAAAGUGAUAAUUCAUCACCGACAACUGAUAGUUUAUCGACAACAAAAUUGGCGUUCAUGGGCAAAAAUCUUUAUGUUUGUUCGACAUGUACAGGUCCUGUUCAAUGGGUGUGA